AUCGUAAUGUUGCUUUAAUAUUAUGAUCGUAUUAAGUUGAUAUAAAUUUUUUAGUUACGCAAAAAAAUUUAGAAAAUAUGGCACAAAUAUCUCGCGUAUACAAAUAUGAAGUACCUAUAUUAAUUCGUGGUUUGUGUAGGCAUCACAACAAUCAAAGAUGCUAUCUUAAUUACUACGAAGUAUUGGGCGUCUCUACAAAUGCAACGAAAAAAGAAAUAAAAGAUGCUUAUAUUAAAUUGUCAAAACAAAUGCAUCCUGAUAAUAGUAGUAAAGGGAAUCAUGCUGAUUUUGUGAAAAUAAAUGAAGCUUACAAUGUUUUAAGUAAAACAAAGACUAAACAGUAUUAUGAUUUGGAUUUAAAAUAUAAUAACAGAUCUUCUGAAUAUGAUGGGAAUUACAAUACUUUUAAGCAAUGGACAGUAUAUCAAGAGCAUUAUAAACAAUAUAGGAAAGCACCUUCUGCAGAGGAGCGAAGAAAUGUACUAAAAAAGUGUACAAUUUUUAUAAUUAUUGGGGUACUUUUUCAUACUGUAAUGAUUGUCUAUUUGUCAAAACGUAAUAGGCUUAUAGCACUAGAGAGAAGUGCAAAUAUCCAAAGUGAUUACGAAAGAAUUAAAAAGGAGGCUGAACAUAAAACAUUGGCGGAGCAAUUGGAAAAAUUUAGGAAAAGAUAUAAAGAAUUAAAUUCAAUUACUGAUGAAGAUGAUUAA